AUGACUAGGGUUUUUUACUUAGAUGAAGUCGAGCGAUUUGCCUUGAAUUCUCCUUGGCUGCCUAGUUCGGUAAAUGGGCCUUUAUUGGGAGAUGUGAAAAAAUAUUGUUUUUUCAUCAAAAUUGAUAAUCUUACUACAUGCGUUACACGAAUUCACAAAUCAUAUUUUGCUACUUUCCGUCACAAUGAACACAAGAAAUUUAUCUGGGGAAAUGAACAACUUAUUUAUUCUGAUGAUGGAUCUCACUUUCUAGCAACUGUCGUAUAUAUAAAUGAUCAUUGGGACUUUAUCUUGUUCAAAGCAGAUACCGAUGUUAAAGGCGAUGGACCUCCAAUUUCUCACUCCGUUAGGGCAGGUGAUGAAAUUAUUCUCUACGGUCGUGGGAAGGAUGGAUCAAUAACUGGUCCUCAACAAGGAAGUAUUCAUUCACAUGAAGAGAUUUUUGGAGAGAAUGACGUAUACGCAAAAUUUUUGGUUGGAACUAUUCAAACUAACGAUGGCGAUAGUGGCGGUGCAGUUUUUGACUCAAAAGGAUUGUUAGCGAUGAAUGUAGGGCGAACUUUUUUUCCUGAUCACCCUCAAAGUAUUGCUACAAAUAAGGCUGCUUAUUUCAAUCCAUUUAACUUUAUGGUGUUGGCAUCGAGUAUGAUUUCUGUUGUAGACGUAUGA